AUGGGGGGACCUGAAAUUUCGAAACAGUUUGUUCCUCUCACGUGCCAUGGACAUUCCCGACCUGUUAUGCAUCUCAGCUUUUCUGGCUUUGUUGAUGGAGAUGAUGAAUUUUAUUUGAUCUCUGCUUGUAAAGACAACAAUCCUAUGCUACGGGACGGCGUUACCGGCGACUGGAUUGGUACAUUCUUUGGUCAUAAAGGCGCGGUCUACCAAGCUCGACUUUCCCCUGAUGCCGCGAGUGCAGCCACUGCCUCCGCAGAUUUUACAGCGAAGGUCUGGGAUACACAUACCGGCGAAGUUGUCUGCACUCUCCAACACAACCACAUAGUCCGAGCUAUCGCGUUCCCUCCUGAACAAGGGCACCUUCUUGCGACUGGUGGAAUGGAGAAGAAACUUCGCAUAUUUGACCUUUCCCGUGUAGCUCCUAUUUCUGCGCCAGCAGCACCUGCACAAAAGAAGAUGGUUGGGGUGUCUACUCCUGAUCAGAAAUCCAAUGGCUCUGCGGACCGUUCAGUUAUAACCGCCGAGGAGGGCUUUGAAAUUGGACCUGGCGUUCACAAGGGCACGAUCAAAGCCAUCGUGUGGACCCGCGAUCCUAAUAUACUGGUUACAGCCGCAGACGAUAAAGCCAUACGGUGGUGGGAUCUGCGCACUCGAACUGUUGUACAAGAGCAGAUUGUACAAGGCGACAUCGGUUCCUGCGAAUUCACCAACGUGAAACCUGAGCGGAAUGAUAUCGGUGGUGGUUUCCCAGUCCUCUGCAUCGCGGCUGGCAAAACUGUGUACUUUUAUGGCGGCCACGAUGCUCGUGGUCUGAUCAAAUCGGUUACUUUGCCAUACGAGGUUGCAAGUGUCGCCUUACAUCCUUCACAGAGGAAGUUUGUGACUGGUGGUGCUAAGGACACUUGGGCUAAGGUGUACGAUUACGAUUCGGAGAAUGAACUAGAUGUACAUAAAGGUCAUCACGGUCCGAUUUGGAGCAUCAGCUUCUCCCCCGAUGGAAAGCUCUAUGCCACUGGCAGCGAGGAUGGAACGAUCAAGAUGUGGAAGAACUGCCAAGGUCCGUAUGGAUUGUGGAAGGCGGAUCGGGAGUAG